AUGGGAAGUGGAAGUGAGUUGGAGUUACCGCCAGGGUUCAGAUUUCACCCAACGGAUGAGGAGUUGGUGAAUUAUUACUUGUGCCGGAAAUGUGCUGGGCAGCCUCUUGCUGUUCCCAUCAUCAAAGAGAUUGAUCUUUACAAGUUUGAUCCUUGGCAGCUACCUGAAUUGGCUCUGUAUGGAGAAAAAGAGUGGUAUUUCUUUUCGCCAAGGGAUAGAAAAUAUCCGAACGGUUCAAGGCCGAACCGGGCAGCAGGAACCGGGUACUGGAAGGCGACCGGGGCAGACAAGCACAUUGGAAAGCCCAAGGCACUUGGGAUUAAAAGGCACUCGUCGGCUUCCAAGAAAAACAACAACAACUUGAGGCUUGAUGAUUGGGUUCUAUGCCGAAUAUACAACAAGAAAGGUAGCAUAGAGAAACAUAAUGUUGCCAUGGAGCGCAGUAAAAUGACCAAAUACCCAGAAAUAUUGCAUGAGCAAAAACCGGAAAUGACCCAAAUGCCACCGCCCCAUACGGAUAUGUCGUCGAUGGAUUCAGCACCGAGGGUGCAGCAGACGACGGACUACUCUAGCUGCUCGGAGCACGUGCUGUCGCCAGAGGUCACGUGGGAGAAGGAGGUCCAAAGUGAGCUACAAUGGAGCAGUGAUGAAUUAGAGAAUUCCCUUAAUACCCUUGAUAAUCAGUUCAUCAAUUACAUGGAUGGCUUCUCAGAUAUUCUUGACCCUUUUGGCGCUGCUCAGCCUCAGUACCAAAUGGACCAGCAGAACAUGGCAUUGAACAUGAAAACGGAGGGAAAGUCUGGGUGGUUGUUGCUGGUGAUGUCGCUGUUGGUGAUGGGUUUGUCUGCAACUAUGUCAUCAGCUUCUUUUGGUGAUCAGUACCAUCGGGGUAGAAGGAAAACUAUGCUACCGGAUGAAGCGACGUCGUCUUUGGGGCUCAACCGCGCAGCCUCCUCCAUUGUCUUACCGGUUCAUGGAAACGUGUACCCUAUUGGGUCUUAUAAUGUCACUCUUAACAUUGGUCAGCCUCCAAAGCCCUACUUUCUUGAUCCAGACACUGGUAGUGAUCUCACAUGGCUCCAAUGUGAUGCUCCCUGUGUCAGAUGCACUGAGGCUCCUCAUCCAUUGUACCGUCCCAACAAUGAUCUAGUGGUCUGUAAGGACCCCCUCUGUGAGGCCUUGCAUGCACCGGGUUCCCACAAAUGUGAUAAUCCAGAGCAAUGUGACUAUGAAGUUGAGUAUGCAGAUGGUGGCUCAUCCCUUGGUGUACUUGUAAGGGAUGCCUUUCUCCUCAACUUUACCAAUGGAAACCAGCGAACAACUCACCUGGCCCUUGGGUGUGGAUAUGAUCAACUUCCUGGUUCAUCUUAUCAUCCCAUAGAUGGAGUCCUCGGCCUUGGCAAGGGAAAACCUAGCAUCGUAUCACAACUUAGUAAUCAGGGUCUGGUGCGACAUGUCAUUGGUCACUGUUUAAGUGGGCGAGGGGGCGGGUUUUUCUUCUUGGGGGAUGGCCUUUAUGAUUCUUCACGCAUAGUUUGGACACCAAUGUCACCUGAUUACACCAAACAUUACUCCCCAGGACUUGCGGAACUUAUAGUCGGUGGGAAAUCUACUGGUUUUAGAAACCUCGUUAUGGUUUUUGACAGUGGAAGCUCAUACACUUAUCUUAAUUCUCAGGCUUAUCAAUUUUUGACUUCAUGGUUGAAAAGAGAACUAACUGGAAAACCUUUAAAAGAAGCUCUAGAUGACAAGACUCUCCCACUUUGUUGGAAAGGUCGAAAGCCAUUUAGAAACAUACGUGAUGUCAAGACAUACUUCAAGCCCUUAGCACUAAGAUUUGCCAGUGGUAGAAAAGAUACCACACAGUUUGAAUUGCCCCCAGAAGCUUAUCUAAUUAUAUCGUCCAAGGGAAAUGUUUGCUUGGGAAUUUUAAAUGGUGGUGAAGUUGGGCUGCAAAAUUCUAACAUUAUUGGAGACAUUUCAAUGCAAGAUAAAAUGGUGAUUUAUGACAAUGAGAAGCAGAUGAUUGGAUGGGGUCCUGGAAACUGUGAUCAGCUACCCAAGUCUAGAAGUUUCAGCUUUUGGUGA